AUGGUGAUUGAAAUGCUGCCUGGAGAUCUACCAUUUACUAUAUUUUUGCCUUCAAUAACGGCAUUUGAACGCAUCCUUGGAUUACAUUCAAAUGAAAGCUUAGAGGGAGAAAAUGGUAGGGACACUUACGCUGUACUUACUCGGGUGUUGGGGUUUUCUGCUGUGCCUAGGAUGAUUCAUUCAGUUGAUGUUCCGCGAGAUCAGGAGAUUGAUUAUGAUUCUUUGGCCGGAUUUACCUUGUACAUUUCAAGAGAUGACGAUGGGAUGCUGCUGGUUAACAGAGUUCGAUCCGAGCAUGUGGAUUUGCAGGGGAAGAACAACCUGAUUGUGCAUAUUAUGGACGGUGUAAUCAUGGAUGCUGACUUUGAGCAGUCAGUUCUUCCCGAUGACGAUGAAGACAAUGUCGGUUAG